AGCCCUGGCAGAUGCUCACUGAUCAAAAUCAACAAUCUCUUACUGGAUAUUCCAGGGACAGUGGUCAGCAUUCCGGAUCUAUGGAUCAUUCCCUGGGCAGUGGGGAUUCUUUCUGAGGGGUCAGAUCCCUGCCACAUACAUGUCCCAGAAACCCACACUUCCAACCCAUUUCAUCUCCUCCCAGUCCACCCCAGUUCUCCCUUUCUGGAGGGUCCCUAACUUAUUUCUGUUCAUUUUCAGACAAAUUCCUGAUCGAGCUCAGUAAGUUCUAUGUUUCUUUCAAUUCUGUCAGUUAUCUCAUAUUGGUGUUUAUGUCCACUCCACCAACCUGGUGAUGUCUCCGCUCUCUGUUUCCUUGCAGGGUGGAGCCGGGCCCAGUUACAUGAGGCCCACAUCACUCUGGAUCCUGACACGGCUCAUCCCACCCUUAUCCUGUCUGAGAAUCGGAAACAGAUGACUCGGGGAGACAAACGGCUGAACCUGCCCGACACCCAGAGAUUUGAUGUGGAGCCCUGUGUGCUGGGCUGUGAAGGCUUUACCUCAGGGAAACAUUGCUGGGAGGUGGAUGUGGGAGACAACAAUAUCUGUUUACUGGGAGUUUGUUGGGAAAAUGUGAAGAGAAAAGGGUCACUCUCACUGUCACCUGAGAAUGGAUUCUGGGCUGUGCAGAAAGGUAAAUAUGCAUUCUGGACUUACUCUUCCUCCACCUUUCUCUCCCUUGUCCCACACCCCUGCCGGGUGGUGGUUUACCUGGACUACGAAGCUGGAGAUGUCUCGUUCUACAGUGCGACUGAUGGAUCCCACCUCUACACUUUCUCCCAUGUUGCCUUCUCUGGUACUCUCCGGCCUUUCUUCUGGCUUUGGAUGUCAGAUCCAACCCCCCUGACCAUCUGCCCAAUGUCCACUGGUUCGGAGGGAGAUCCUGUCCCUGCCCAUGACUCCUCUCAGGAGAUCCCAGAGACCCCCUGAGGGGAGGGAUCAGCCUCAGCCAUAGUGGAUGGGGAUUCCCUCCCUGGUGUCAAUAUCCUGUUAAUUCCCCUCAAACCCAGCUCUGGGGUCCCUCCUGCCCCUUAAGGAGCCUCCCAGCCCUGUCCUUUGCCCCCUGCAGCCCUCCACCCCCUCCCAGGACUUCAGCUGCCUGUGUCCCCUCCUCUGCUGCACCCUGAGGCAGGCGCAGUCUGGGAGUCUCUGCUGCUGGGGAGGGUCCUCACUGGGGCCAGGUCUGAGAGUAAGUAAAGGGGCUGCUGCAU